AUGGCGCCACGUUCAGGGACGCGUUCUCCGGAUAGCGUCAAGCAUGAACUCGAGCACGAACGGGGUCGCCCUCGUAGUGGAUCUGACGAUAAGGAUGUUGAAGGACUAGAUCUGGACGACGCCCAUGAUCAGGAUGGUGACGAUGAUGGGCAUUCGUCCAACUCGGAAGGGCCGGCUCGCAAGCGAAAGCGGAGCCGCAAGGGGUUGGACAAGAAGUUUGAGUGUCCGGAGCAGGGCUGCGGGAAGAGCUACUCCCGCGCGGAGCAUCUGUACCGCCAUCAACUGAACCACAACCCAAAGCAAGUCUACAAGUGUGGAAUCGGCGACUGCCAGAGGACGUUUGUUCGCCUAGACCUUUGCAACCGGCACAAAGACCGCCACACGGCCAAGGGCUCGGCGUUGAGCCGUAAAGACUCGAUGCUGAGCCAGGCGUCGCCGAUUACUGACAAUAGGCCUCCAUUCCCACCAACCGGCUCCGCCUCCCCCGAAGUCAACCGACCUGGAACAGCAUACAACAAGGGCCGCUCCCUGUCCAUCCAAUACCAUUCCCCGAAAGAUGCCAUGGGAAGUCCUUACACGCCAAUGACAAACACGCCUCCUACAACAUAUGCCAACGGGCCGAACGGGGUUGAUUAUAUGCACCACGAUGCGGCACAUUAUAGUCACCUGGCUCAGCGACAAGUACACCAUUCGCCUCAAGGCGCGCGGCGGCCGUCAAUCCAGACAAAUGUCGGGCCAUAUGGGGUUUUGUCUCCCAUCUCCAACCAGCCCGGCUAUCACAGCCAAGCUCAUAGCACCCCACAAUCCGCCCAUGCUAUGCCUUACGUACCACCACAAAACUUCCCCCCUUUUAGCCUCCCACCCUCUGACUUCGCUACCUCAUCAUCGGCGGGGGCGGUGACUCGGGACGAGCAGCAGCAGCAGCAGGCAUAUGCGCCGUCAACAUCCGGGGAAUACACAGAGCAACAGCCGCCCGCAUCUGGCGAAAUGAUGCUCCUAGACCAGAUGGGAAUGCAGCAAACGAUGCCAGUAUUCGGCAGUGAUAGCAUUCUUAACAAAUCGCCAUACGUUGCGAUUCCGGAAGACUUCGUGGCCUAUCUGUUCAACACUCACGAUGGUGGGGGCGGUUCGCCCAUGGCGGGGGUUCCGAUGCAAGGAUAUAACUACGGGGAGUUUUCCAACCAGUACAAUGUGCCCUACUACAACGAUCCGAACCAGUUAGGAUACUUCCCAGCAUCUGCGGGGCCUCAGCAGGUCAUGUCCGUGACGAACCUCUUAGACCAGAACCUACCCGAAUCCGUCAUUUCCGACGAGAAGGCUGUGGAAAUCUUCGAGUUCAUCAAGGAGCGGUUCCACGAAAACGGCCAUGCCCCGAUCGAGCGCCAGCGUGAGACCAUCAUCGAGGGCGAUCGCAACGACGACUCCCAUAUGCUUAGCCGCAAGAUGAUGCAGGCUUACAUUGGGUCCUACUGGCUACACUUUAGCGACCAAGUACCAAUUCUGCACAAGCCCACGUUCUCACCCGAUAAGACGCCGAACCUAUUGCUGAUUGGCAUGAUGACCAUCGGGGCUGCAUGCUUGGACAAAGCCCACGGUCAAAAGGUCACAAAGGCGGGCGCGCAGCUUUCCAACUUCUUGGCGUGGCAUCUUCGGUGGGAGAUGUUCCAGGAUCCUAAUUGCCGGCCACCCGCCAAGUUGUGGGUCUUCCAAACGCUCUUGCUACUUGAGUUGUACGAAAAGAUGUACUCGACCCGGGAGCUGCACGAGCGGGCCCAUAUCCACCACGCGACGACGAUAACGCUGAUGCGCCGUGGGAGAGCCUUGAUUGGCAAAUCAGCUCUGGAUUCCCCUCCUAACCCGCGAGACGAUAAGACGAACGGAUCAAGACAGUCCUCCACCUCUGGGACCGCCCAUACUCCGGAGGAGUGGUGGAACCACUGGAUUACCAACGAGUCGACUCGUCGAGCAGCGUUUGCGGCAUUCGUCAUUGACUCGACCCACGCCACUAUGUUUGGCCACUCGACGGUUAUGGUCGCCCACGAGAUGCGCCUUCCUCUACCGUGUGAUGACAAGCUAUGGAAAGCCAUGAGCGGAUCCGAGGUGGCCAGGAUUGACGCCAACCUCAUGUCGGUGGGCAACAAGGCUGUCUCUUUUCUGGAGGGGUUAAAGCGGACGCUUAGCGGCCAUGAGGUGCAGACGAACUCAUUUGGCCGGACUAUCCUGAUGGCCGGUCUGCUUAGCGUGAGUUGGCAUAUGAAUCAACGAGACCUGCAGGUCAACUCCUUGGGCGGCGGUGUCUCGCAGGCACUAGGGGGCCGUGACAAAUGGCGAGGGACAUUGACUAGGGCGUUCGAUUCGUGGAAGAGCGACUUUGACAAGACGCUGCUCAGGCGAGGUGACGUUUCCGCGGAUCCGUACAACUACGACGCAUCAAGCCGCAACGAAGCGAACGUCGUGUUCGAGAGCCGCAUCGUGCUACACCACCUGGCGCAUAUGGCCAUGCAUGUUGAUAUUGUCGACUGCCAGAUCUUUGCGAGGGCCAGGCGGCUCUUGGGCCGCGCGAUCGGGCCUCAGGACCUUAACAGUGCGCAACGGCGGAUGAAAGAUAUCUGGGCACCCUCGGCCAAAGCUCGCGACGCCACCUACUACGCGCUCAAAUUCCUGCAGUCGGUUAUGCUCCCAGAUACCGUAGGAACACCCGGGUCAAAUGGUGGCUACGGCCGGACGGAGGAUCUGUACUCAGCCCGGGACGAUGUGCUCCUAAAUCGGCCGUGGGUUCUCUAUUUUGCGGCUCUGGUGGUGUGGUGCUACGGAUUCGCGCUCGAGGGUGCAAGUCCCGCGGUGCCAAUGCCGUCGACGCAGCAGGAUAAGAUCAGGCUGAUGCGCGAGUACUUGGUCAAGUACGGCAACGUAUCAUCGCCCGAGGAGCUCAAGUCGAUGAAGGGCAUCAGCCAUAACACGCCGGUGUUGAUGGUGCUCAAGGACGCCUUCAGCGACACACGCUGGGAGCUACUGCAUGAGGGAGCGACACUGAUGAAUAACUGUAUUCAUCUCAAUUCUGGUCAGAGUGUCGUGUAA